AUGGCGUGUCUUGUGGAGCAUCUGGGAGGGUCCCGUAGCAAGGGCGAUUUCAAAUCUCAUCUAUAUAAGGAUAGCAGGAAAGUGUACGAUUUGCGAGAUAUCCCUCCAACCGAUAGACUCAAGGAGUCAUGUCUGGACUACCCACCGGCAAAGUCGAAGCGUUACCUCGAGCAGGUGGCUCUCUGUCCAGCCGAGACCCCCGGCCAGACGACUGAGAGCACCGGUCUUCAGCGGGGAUCACCAAUACUGCCAGUGAAAAUGAGCCUACCGCGCCUUGCGCGUACCUUUUCACCUGCCACAAUCCUCCCCGAGAAUACGCACGCACCAUCUGCAUCUAGGUCUCUAGCCGACACCAGAACAACGGAUGAACAUGUAUCAAACGGCAAUCCACUCACGAAAUCGGAUCUUCCAUGGAGCCUGACGGACGCCGUUUCACUCGCUACUGUUUCCUCGAAGCAUGCAGAUUUCCCGCUAGUAUUGGGGAUGGUAGACAGGGUGGCAGGAGAAUAUAUACCCGAUGGUCACCAACUCCCGUCAUUACAUCAUCCAUGGAUCCCAACGGAAACCAUUUCGCCUGCCAUCGUGUCUUCGGAGUCUGCACAUUUCCAGCCGGCUUCUGGGUUUCAGGCCGGCGACAUGAUAGAUGAACAUGCACAUGAGGACUAUCCACUCACGGCCUCAGAUGUCAUUCCGAGCCGCACGAGCAUCGUGCCUCCCACUAUUUUCCCCCCAGCGCAUGCGCAGAUCCCACCGGCAAACGAGUUUGUGCACAACGCCAGGAUAACAGAGGCAUAUGAAUUCGAUGGUUACCCGUAUCCAACAUGGAAUUCAAAUAUCGAAUACAAUGACGUCGAUUAUUUUCCCCAUCGACGGCCAACGAUGGACGGGGGGGACGCCCUUGGAGAUGCCAUAUCAUCAGUGGGCUUUAUGGUGUUGUAUAACUACUUGGAGGAUCCAAGCCUGGAUGUCAACAAGCUGGACCUAGCGAUACCCAAGCUUGGAAACCCGAUCAUACCUUGGGAAGGUGUUGAACUCAACCAUGACGACGAUCGAAUGUCGGAACCACCACAAUUGAUCUUUGAUGACGGUAAAAUGGAGCUGGACGAACUCCCUUUCAUCUCUGGUGAAGACGGUGCUGUCGGCGCGAGUGGCCUUGUGCCCACCAGUCUCUUUAGUUCUAUGGAGGAGGAGGAGGACAUUUGGUGGAUUAACUGA